UAUCGAUAAGGAGGAAUCCUUUAAUUUGAUUUAUGGUCAGCAUAUAUAGGUCUAUUGGUUGUUAGUCGUCUAUACACAGUGGUGCAGCUAUGGUGUGGUCUGCGCGGGCGCAGGCACUGUUGCUGAUCACAGCAGGCGCAGUAGCAGCCUCUGACGUCACCCUGAACAUCGGGGACACACUGUCGGCUUCGAUAGCUACCGGCUAUGACACUAACGUCCCAUGCUACCUAGAAACUCCUUAUGAGGAAACCAUCGAGUUCAGGCCAGAGAACCAUUCAACUGACAGGAUCUCGUAUCUAGAAACAUCCAACUUGAGUUACUGCGGCGCUAAAAUCGCCGAUUUGAAGGAAGAAGAUGAAGGAGACUGGACUAUUUACUACAUUAGUGGUGAUGAACGCGUCUCCAACACUUAUCACUUGACUAUAUCAAAAGCUGGUAAUGAAGAAAGUGAAGAAAUCAAUGAGAAUGCUGAAACCGAGUUAACUGAAGAAGAAGCCAAUACAGAAUGGUUACCUGAGAUAAGCAUCAGUACUAGAACUGGUUUUACAGUUGACAUAACUCUGAGCAAAAAAGUAGACCCUUCAUUAGAAGAGAUAUAUUCUGUAAUUACUCCUAACAAUGAAAUGUUCUAUUUAGAUAAUGCUAAUAUAGAAGGGUUGACAGUGCAUGGUAGGAGUAAUUUUGUGGAUAGUAGAAUUACUAUUGGUCCCAUGGAUUCUUCGCUGAUUGGGCGUUGGACCCUUUGUGGUCACGUUGAUGGGGACAUACCAGCAAGGCGUUGUCAAGUUGUCGGCAUCAGUUGGGAGAACCCCGACAAUCCCUCAGCAGAAUGGCAAACCACAGUUUUAAGCAGAAGAGACACUGUUACUAAUUAUUUGGCCACAGUCAACGUUUCCAUUAGCGGAUCAGGCAGCCGUCUGUCUUGUCAUCUUAUAGAACCUGCUGGGGGAGACCUGAUGAUCACUAGAGAGUCAACUUACCCUGGUCUUACUCUUGUUGCCACUCGUGAUAAUAGUUUAUGUACUAUUACUAUGACACCUAUUUAUAAAGAAUUUAUUGGAGACUGGGUGUUGUAUGGUACAUUCCGUUCUUCAAGAGGUGAAAGAAAUGAGGUUCGUGUGCCGCUGCAUUUGUUUCUUUAUGAUGUAGAAAAUCCUUACAGUCAAGCUUAUAACGUAACAAAUUUAAAUCCGUUGUCUCGGGUGGUAAGUCUGGGAAGCACUACUACCUUGGAUUCAGCUGGCAGUGGAACUACUGAUAGUUGCGAAUUGAGGAGUCCCUCAGGAGAAUCAUAUAACCUUCAGAAUAGUACUGCACCUGUAUCAUUCCUGGCUUCCACCUCCAGCGUAAGAUGUAGGGCCUCUAUUGGUCCUAUUAGACUAGACAUCUUGGGCGACUGGGUAUUAAUUGCAAAAUUUAAUCGCAAUGGCAUUUUUACUGAAAAUAGGCAGGUAAUCAGCAUCAGGCUUCAAGAGGAAGAAGUUUUAAGGGAUAUUAACAUCAGCACUAGAACUGGUCUAACAAUUGACAUAUCUUUGAGUAGGAAAGAUUUGGAAUCUCUAGAAGAGACAUUUACUUUAACUACUCCACAGAACGAAGUGAUAGAUUUAGGACAGAAUAGUAUUCCACCAGGAUUAACAGUGCAUGACAGUAGUGAUUUCGUAGCUAAAAGAGUUUCAGUGGGCCCCAUGGAGGAGUCUCUGCUAGGUCGUUGGACACUUUGCGGAGAGGUUAAUACAGAAGUCACUGUUACAAGGUGUCAGUCCGUCGUCAUCAGUUGGGAUGAUGCAAACAAUCCAUCAGAGGAAUGGGAAACCUCAGUUCUAACCAAAAGAAACACAGUAACCAACUACUUGGCUGUAGUGAACGUCACUGUGAGCGGUUCAGGCACACUUCUUAAUUGUCAUCUCAUUACACCCCAAGGAGAAGACCUUAUAGUCACAACUGACUCUGCCUACCCUGGAAUAAAUUUCAUAACAUUACGGGAUACCAGUGUCUGUACAGUCACUAUGGGACCUAUUCAUAAAGAGUUUAUUGGCGAUUGGAUCUUGUAUGGAAAUUUCCGCUCUUCACGAGGCGUAAGGAAUGAGGUCCGUUUGCCAUUCCUAUUUUUCCUUUACGAUGAGGAAAAUCCCUACAGUCAAGCCUAUAAUGUAUCCACUUUAAAUCCUUUGACUCGGGUGAUAACUCUUGGCAGCUUUACUAACUUGGAUUUAUCUGGUAGUGGAAGCACGGAUAGUUGCGAAUUGAGGAGUCCUUCAGGAAUAUCAUAUAAUCUUCAGAACAGCACCGCUCCAGUGUCGUUUUUGGCUACUACUUCAAGCAUUAGAUGCAGAGCUUCCAUUGGACCUAUGGGACUGGAAGAAUUAGGAGACUGGGUGUAUAUUGCAAAAUUCAACAACAGAGGAAUAUUUACUGAGAAUCGACAGACAAUAAGUCUCAUACUUGAAGAGGAACAAUUAUUAAGGGAAAUAUCCAUCAACACCAGAACUGGUCUGACUGUCGAUAUAACUUUGGGAAAAACAGAAAUGGACCCGUCACUAGUAGAAAAAUUCACUAUCACUACUCCCCAAGAUGAGGUUGUGGCGUUGGAACACGCCAAUGUGCCAGGAUUGACGGUGCACGGAAGCAGCGAGUUUGUGGCGAGCAGGGUCACUAUUGGCCCAAUGGAUUCCUCGUUGAUUGGCCGCUGGACAUUAUGUGGCGAAGUUAACGUGGGUAGACCUGUAAGGCGAUGCCAGCCAGUCAUCAUUGCUUGGUAUAACGCUAAUAAUCCCUCAGAGGAAUGGCAGAAUACAUUGAUGACGAGGGUAGAAGUCGUGACAAACUACUUGGCUGUGUUCAACAGCACUGUGAGAGGUUCAGGCACUCUUCUAACGUGCCAUCUCAUCACACCUUAUGAGGAAGACUUGGUUGUCAAUGGCGCGUCUGUGUAUCCUGGUCUUACAUUCCAAACAUUACGAGAUACUAGUGUCUGUACUGUAACCAUGGGUCCCAUACAAAAGGAAUUUAUUGGAGACUGGGUCUUGUACGCCACAUUCCGUUCGUCACGAGGAGAUAGAAAUGACGUUCGUUUGCCGUUCAAUUUGUUCCUUUACGAUAAAGACAAUCCUUAUAGUCAAGCUUAUAACGUGACUAACAUGGCUCCUUUAAUUCGGGUGAUCAACCCCGGCAGCAGUGUAACCUCCGACGUAAUUGCUAGUGGAAAUACCGACAGUUGUGAAGUUAUAAGUCCAUCUGGAAAGUCAUACAAUCUUCAAAACAGUACUCAGCCUGUGACUUUUGGAACGCCUAACUCAAACAUAAGAUGCAGAGUAACUAUUGGACCAGUCGGACUAGAUGAUUUUGGAGACUGGGAGUUCAGAGCAAAACAUAACACUAGAGGCAUAUUUACUGAGCAUAGACAAAUUAUCAGUAUUUUACAAGAAGAUCCUGAAAACCCUGUAGCAGAAGACCAUAGGAAUAUAAUAAACAUGGACCCGAUAUACUUCAUAACUGCGAUUGAUGCUCAACACACCAUUGUAGCUGACCCGAACACAAAUACUAGAUUUGUAACAGAAAGUUGCCAUGUAAGAACUGCAAAUGGACUUCAAUACGCUAUUAUGGAAGGAUUUAACCUCCCAGGAGUGGAAGUAGUUCAGCAAGGUUCUAAUCAAAGGUGUACUAUUCGAGUUAAUGUUAAAAAUGAAGACUUCAUUGGAGAAUGGAUGCUUAUCUCUAGAGAACAAAGGAAUUCGGUCCCGGUAGAAGUGAGACAACCAUUCAUAAUCUUCGUAGAAGAGGAUGUUGAUGCAUCAAUCGGCCACGUAACAGUCACCGAAGGCAAUGACCUCCAUUUACGUUUGGCGAAUUCCACAAACCUUCAUGAAACUUGCAAAGUUUUCGACCCUACUGGUUCUGAACGAACCAAUGCAGAAAAAGACAAUAGUCAGAUUGAAACUUGUGGAUUUAUUGUUAGAAAUGUACAGAAUGAGGAUACUGGUGCUUGGCAGAUCCGGUACGGAACUGGAAUCUCUUAUAGAGCCAUUAUAGAUGUUAAAGUAAAAGAUCUAUGGGAAGCCACGCACGACACUCUAGUUUUGAUUAGAGGUAGACCUGUCAAUGAAACCAUUGGCCCCGAAACAGCAGUGUACUGUAAACUGAUAGAUCCAACUCAAAGAGUCAUCUUUGACGGUCACGGUAGAUGCCACCUGAAUCUUGAUAGAGUGACGAACGACCAUGCUGGCACUUGGGUCAUGAGCGUGGGCUUUCUAGGAAACAUGUUGGCGAGGACUUAUGAAAUUAACGUGGAAGCUAGGGGAUCACAAGACAAACCAAUAGUCGAAACUCACGUAGCUAAAGAACAGCCAGAAGUAACACUUAAGUGCUCAGUGCCCUUGGAAUAUGAAGUCAGGUCCUGUCUGUUCCAAAAACCAUCUGGACGUGUGAUCAUUGUGAACACUGGAGUUGCGGAAGACCGAUACAUUUCCUAUGGCUCCGGUACCAUCGUGGAUGGCAAUGUAACGUCUCACGAAUGCGGCAUUCGCAUCACUGAUCCUGCGACAGCAGACCUUGGGCUGUGGCGCUGUGCGGUGGAGACGGACCACGAGGUCUACUACGGCUUCCUCACGGUGCUCUGCCCCUGGGCCAUGAAGGACCCCGUUGUAGCCGCAGCUGUUGUUUCAGAGCCAACUCUAACAUCGCAUCAGGACAGCAUAAUGCACCUGGAAGGAGACAGUCUGACCAUGUCUUGUUCGAUUCAGUCCCCAAUCAGAUACUGCUACUUCAGAAGACCCAAUGGAAUGAUCUACACCGUUUCUACUGGCGUUUCUACCGACGAGUACGAGUACGUAGGCGCCGGUUUGGACGCUGGAGAGUGUGGCAUCAGGUUUAGUCGUCUACUGUCACAGGAAACUGGUCAUUGGCCUGAAGGUCAAUGGAGCUGCCAUGUUGGUCUACCUGAUGGUGCCCAGCCGGAGCAAAGAGCCAAUAUCCAGAUCCAGAUUAAUCGUCCUAUUGAAGUGAACCAGUACGUGAAUGAGAGAGGUCUCGUCGUUGAAGCAGAAGUUUUCCAACAGCAACCUGUGGAGUACUGCCGAUAUGUUCGCAUUGACGGCAUUGGAUUUACAUCGGAAGCGCUGCCCGACUCCCGGUACACAGCCUAUGAGGAUCUGAGUAAAGGCUUCUGCAGCAUCAGCAUCCAAAAUGCCAAUAUCCUGGACAUGCACCCCUGGACUGUGGUCGCCAAGAUCGUGGAUAGAGAUGAGGAAGUGUCAGGCGUCACCAAUCACACAAUUGUAAUUCCUGAUCUGACAACUGAAUUGCCAGACAUGACAACAGAAUUAUCAGAAGCAACCGAAUUACCUGAAACCACUGAAGUUACUGAAAAGCCUGAGCCACCGCCGGAAGAUUUAAGAACCAACUCAAUCUGGAUGUGGUGCACCGUGAUGCUAUCUGGGUUGAUCCUCGUCUGCGUCAGCGUCAUCUUGACCAGAAACCGCAAGGAUGUCAUCGCUACUGCCUACUCCUGGAGGAACAGCAUCAGGAGAAGCCUGAUCAAGAAACCUUUGACUGAAGAUGUUGGCGUUGGUCACACUACGCCUGUUUGCGCUUAGGCGGUUGCACAUUUUAAUGGUCCAAUUAAGAACGUCUUUCUUUUUUUUGGAGUCGGUUAAGAAUAUAGUAUUUAAUAGAUU